UUUCAAUAGAUUUUUUAAGUGUUCAUUUAAACUAACACAAAGAAUGUAUAACUUGUAUGUGUCUUAAAGAAUAGUAACACAACAGGUCUUUUGUCAACAUCAUAGUUAGUGGAUAAACUACAACGCAUCGAAAUGAACCCAACAAACGACAAUUUUUACAUGAACCUUACAAACACGACUAACUCCGGAUUCAUUGAGGAAAAGCCACAAACUAGUAUUGUACCUAUCAUUGUAUUUCUAAUUCUUGGGACGCUUGGAAAUGGACUGGUGCUGUUUCUUCUAUAUCGUUUUUCCGGAGAGCACAAAUGGCGUCCAUUUUACAGAUUUGUAAUGGCAUUAGCCAUAAACGACUUUUUCGGGGUCGCUCUGUCAGCACCUUUCGGAAUCGUUCGUUAUGCUUCGGACUUCACCUUUACUUUUUCUCACAGCCUAUGCGACUAUAUGGCUUUUAUUCAGAUGUUUGCUAUUUUGAACUCGGCUGGUGUAGUAUUAUCCAUGUCUCUUGAUAGAUUUAUUGCGAUUGUUUUCCCAUUGAAAUACAGCGUGUCCGCCAAAGAACGGCGAGCUCACUUGUUGUUGAUGUUUGGUGGCGCCCUGUCACUCCUUCUGUCGACCGUUCCACAUUUGGCGGGACGACACAGUCGCAUUUUUUAUCCGGGUACUUGGUGCUUCGUAGAUUUCAAGUCUGACGCCUGGGUUGAUCGAGGCAUCUCCUUGACUUACGCCUUUGCUGGCUUUAUAAUUCUUUGUUUGGUUGCCUUUCUGAAUAUUUCAGUGAUCAUUACUCUUGUACGUCAACAUUGUUUAACCGGAAACGAAAGGAAACAACAGAAAACAAUAAGCAAGAAGAGUAAACAGAUGAUAGCCUUUUUGUUUGCUAUUGUCGUUCUCUUUGCAGUCUGCUUUAUACCCUUGCUGAUCAAUGUGUUUGCCCGCCCUUUGCGCAUCCUUCAAGGAAUGGAGAAUUUCGAGGUAUUAGGUCUCCGUCUGGCCUACGUGAAUUUCGUUCUGAAUCCCUGGCUUUACAUCCUUCUAAGGAAAGAAACUUUGGCGAUUCUACAGAGAUUUCCCUGCAUGCGACAGUGUUGUCAGGCCAAAAGCCAAAACAAAAAUUCCACCGAAUCAGUGUCACUGUAAACACAUUGUUCAUUACGGGCCGCCGGAUGGCGGUCCUUUAUUUGAUAUACAUUUAAAUAUUGUUACUGCGUUUCUGCGGGAUAGUUCCUUUUUAAUAGAAGUAAUAUUUUGCUUCUUUUUAUGAAUUGAAAGUAAAUUUGCAUGUAGAAAUAUGUUUUAUGCUUUUUAAAAAAUAUCACAUAUUUUUUGUUUUACUCGUAAAUGAAAAAUAUGUCAUACUUCGUAGACUGUCGUGUUUGACGCGUUUUUAUCGAGACUAUACUCUAUUCGGAAAAUUUCGGAGUUCUUCAUUCUUUUCAAAACAAUGCAUCGGGAUCGGUAUGCGGGACAUACUAAAGACCUGAAAUACUAAAGACUUGAAUGUCAUUAAAUUUUAUAUAAAUGAUAUAUUUGAAUUUCUAUGUGCCGUGUCAAAUAAAAUGACUUUGUUUUUGUAUUUAUUAUGUUUCCAUGUAAAAUAUGAUAGAAAAUAUUAUGAAAUGACAUCCAUAUCAAUUAUUUACGCGAAAUUAUGACAGAAAUGAAAAUUUGAAUUGACUGGAAAAUUUGAACUUAUCCAUUUCUAUUUUAUCAUGUGGUCCCUUGAAAUCAUAUAAACUAAUGCAUUAAGUUUUCAUUCAAUACAAUGAAACCAAAAAAACCCCCAAAAUUAUUUGAAAUAUAUAAUCUCCAAGAAAAAAAUGAUGAGGUGAACUUUGUAUUAGAGUAAUGUACAAAUCAAUGUGUUUCCAUUACUUCAUACUAUGGCUUUGAACAUACAAUUAUCGUUAGAAAUGCUUACAGUAACGAACUCGAUUCCUUAUGAUGAUAGUAAAAUGUUAAACUUCAAAACAAGUUGCUGAAAGUAUAUUAAAAUUUAUCAUACAAAUUAGUACAACCAACUCUUAUUUUCUUCUUUGUGGUGUGUUUUAUGUAAACAACCAAUGAUUAUAUUUUUUACGGCCCAUUGACGCUUGCGUCAAUAUGAUUUCUUGUUUACAUGGUUUAUC